UGCAAUACAAUAAUGUACAACUUUAAAAAACAUUUCGAUGUUAAUUGUUAUGUGUUUAUAAUUUAUGUUCAAAAUGUCUGAGCUGCGCUCAGUUUGCCGAACUUGUGGCAAGAAUGUGGAACAUUCGGGGGCCACCAAGCUCUUCGAAAAAGACAAUUAUAACUUAAUUAGUUUAAUAGAAAACAUCACCGAUAUGUAUCUGGAGUUUGAUACUUCUAUGCCAGAUCUCAUUUGCCACUGGUGCAAACAGCAGCUGGAAAGGAUUACGGAGUUUCGAAACAGUUGCUUGAUUGUCCAUCAGUCCUUUCUGGCCUCCAAUAGGAAUCGUUUGCAAGGAAUCGGAGUAAUAAACGAGGAACCUGAUGAGCAGGAAGAGGAGUCUUACCAAGAGGAGGAGGACCAGGAGGAACUCCAGUUGUCUCCCAGGACAGCGGUGGCUAAGCGGUCGACGCCACGCUCCAAGCCCUGGGUCUGUGACCAGUGCGGCGGAGUCUUUAAGGCCAAGUCAGUCCUCGAUAUCAAGCUGCACCUGCAGCGCCACACGGGUCACAAGCCCUUUGGCUGCGACAUCUGCCAGGCCAAGUUCUACACGAAGAACGAGAUGCACCGCCACAGGAUCCUGCACUCGGAUGCCAGGCCCUACGCCUGCCGCAUCUGCAGCAAGACCUUUCGCUCAUGCAGCAGCAGGGCGAUCCACGAACGGAGCCACACAAACGAGCGACCCUUCCACUGUCAGCACUGCGACAAAACAUUCACCUCCAGUUCGACGCGCCAAAGGCAUGAAAUGCUGCACACCGGCGAGCGAAAGUACCACUGCGAGACCUGUAACUGUGGGUUCUACCGUCCUGAGCACUUAACUUUGCACAAAAAAUCUAAACUACACCAACAGAGAGUGAAAGCUGCUCUAACUGACUAAAAGAAAAGGAUAAUCGCACAUAGUUUUAAGUUAA